AUGGAUUCUGUAAAACAUGUUAUACCAUGGAUAAGUGGCCAAAAGGAAGUUCUGAAAUCCAACGGAUGUGAAUCUAAAUUAUAUAUAAACAGCUGUCAUACUCCCAGUUUAAUUCAAGUCCUACAAAGUCUACACAGAGAAGGAGUGUUAUGUGCUAUUAAGUUUGAAACAGAAGACGGUGUAAUAGUGUAUGUACAUAAAGUUGUUUUAGUAUCAGCUAGUCCAUACUUCCGUGCAAUGUUCACCAAUUUUGCUAAAAGGGAUGGAGAUGUUGUUUUGUUUCCAGCUGCUAAUCUCUUACAGUUGAAUCAUGUAAAAUGUGUAUCUGUUGACUUUUUACAAAAACAUCUGAAUCCUUCAAAUUGUUUUGGUAUUAAAGGAUUUGCUGACUUUUAUAACUGCAUGGAAUUGUCUUCAAGUUCUGAAGAAUGCAUAUAA